GUCAGCGCGCUAGACUUGUGGUGUGUUGCUAAUGUUUUGGCUGUCUUUAUACAAUGAUACCUUUUAGUUUAAGCAUUCUCUGAUUAAAUACAACGACCCAGUGGUCUUCAAAAAACUUGAAGGCAUGGCAGAACAACAUGCCCCCUCGGUGGCCAUGGAUGCGGUGCUGAUGCCCAGCACGGCCCUCCCAGACGACAUGCCCCGUAUCAAGGGCUAUGACUUCAACCAGGGAGUAGACCAUCAUGCCCUGCUCCAGUCCUUCCUCACCACAGGCUUCCAGGCUAGCAGCGUUGCCCAUGCCAUACAGGAGAUCAACAAGAUGAUUGAGAAGCGUCUGGAGCCACAGGAGGAAGAGGAAAGAUGCGACUCCUCCCCUUCCCACUCGGGCUGUACCAUCUUCCUGGGGUACACCUCCAACCUCAUCAGCUCUGGAGUGAGGGAGUCCAUCCGCUACCUGGCACAGCACAAAAUGGUGGACGUGAUAGUGACUACAGCGGGGGGAGUCGAGGAGGAUUUCAUCAAGUGUCUGGCCCCCACCUACUUGGGGGAGUUCAGCCUGUCUGGCAAGGAGCUGAGACAGAGAGGCAUCAAUAGGAUAGGUAACCUCCUGGUACCUAAUGAUAACUACUGUAAGUUUGAGGACUGGCUGAUGCCCAUUCUGGACCAGAUGGUGCAGGAGCAGAAAGAUGAGGGCACCCACUGGACCCCGUCCAAGAUGAUCCACCGCCUGGGCAAAGAGAUCAACAACCCAGAGUCUGUCUACUACUGGGCCUAUAAGAAUGACAUCCCAGUGUUCAGCCCUGCUCUGACAGAUGGAUCCAUUGGGGACAUGAUCUAUUUCCACUCCUAUAAAAACCCUGGGCUGGUGCUGGAUAUAGUAGAUGAUAUCCGUAGGUUGAACAGCAAGGCAGUGUUUGCCAAGAGGACAGGGAUGAUUAUUCUGGGUGGGGGCCUGGUCAAACACCAUAUAGCCAAUGCCAAUCUGAUGAGAAACGGAGCAGACUAUGCAGUGUUUGUGAACACGGGGCAGGAGUUUGAUGGUUCAGACUCAGGGGCCAGACCUGAUGAGGCAGUGUCUUGGGGGAAGAUCCGCAUGGACGCCAAGCCAGUCAAGGUGUACGCUGAUGCUUCCAUAGUCUUCCCACUGCUGGUAGCUGAGACGUUUGCCCACCAUGCUGACAAGCUGAUUCCUGAGAAGAAAGAAUAACCAAACUAACCAAGGUGUUCCCACUCAACACAUAAAGGAAUAAUCCACAAAAAACAACUCUUUGGUUUUUUGUUUUAUUAGUCCACUGUUAAUACAGUCCCAAAAUGUUUUGCAUGUCAGCAGUCAAGUUUUCAAGAUAUAGAACUUUCAAAAAGCUAAUUGUCUCUUGCCACAUUAUCAUGAUAAUGCAUCAUAUGACAAUCUCUCUUUGCAUCUAUUUUUAGAUAUGAUGUUCUGUUUACUGACUAUUCUCUCCAUUAUUUCAGAUAGAAGUAUUUGGCACUGGUAGACAGUGUGUACCUCUUAUUUUUAGAAUGACAUAAAUUGUUUAUCCACAUGUUUUGUUUACCCAAAUGCUUAGUACAUUUGCUAAGUGUAGCUUAAGUGUUUUUGUUGUUGAAUGAAGUGAAUUAUCAUGUACCAAUGAGUCAUGCGUGUGUAUGCGUGCAUACUUGCACGUUUGAGAAUGACAUUGCAGACUGAGACAUUACUAUAUGGUAAACUUACUCAUAAGAGAUGUUAUUUUUAUAAGUUAGUGAGAGGGUCUCUUUAGGGGAGCAUGCACUGUUAUUCAAAGAAACGCUUACCAGAGGUGAAAUGUAUUCGUCUUUAUUACCUAGUACCUACUCGUGUAUAUUACUAUGUAUUAGGAGUGUCUUAAAUAUAUCUGAAAAUGUAAAUGAAUAAAAACAACCUUAGAAUGUUUCCAUUAUUACAGAAUGGAACAUCUGUUAGAAUGUUCCCAUUAUUACAGAAUAAAACAUCUGUUAGAAUGUUUCCAUUAUUACAGAAUAAAACAUCUGUUAGAAUGUUCCCAUUAUUACAGAAUAAAACAUCUGUUAGAAUGUUUCCAUUAUUACAGAAUAAAACAUCUGUUAGAAUGUUCCCAUUAUUACAGAAUAAAGCAUCUGAUGUUGUCUUCCUA